GUUAUGUGAUAUACCCGACAAGCUGUAGAGGACAUUUUGCUUCAAUCUGCCCAAAAAGGAGGUACUUAGCAUAAAUACAUCAGCUAUGUAUAAGAUAAAGGUAGCAAUAGAAGAAUGGAAGGCAACGAGACAGGCAACAAUUUCUUCUCUUCGACAUUAUGCCAAAGUACUUCAUGACUCCCAUAGAGAAAACGCCAAAACAGAGCAUGCUAGUGCCAAGACGUCUUUGAUUGGAGACCUAGUUGGCUUGGGCGGAGUUCUGUUUGCACCAUUCUCAGGUGGGUUGUCCUUGGCGGCAGUUGGGGUUUCGACCGCGGCAGGAUUAAAAUCUUAUGUUGAUAAGCGAGAUGCUAAUAAUAAAGAUGAAAGAAUCGUAAGGGAAGCAAGAAGGGAAAGAAAACAAGCGGUCGAAAAAGACAAUAGAGCAACUGAAGAACUGAACAAAAUAUCAGAAAAUUGUACGUACUUGGAAAACGAGCUCAAGGUUAUGAAAAUUGGUGAAUUAAUUAUCAGUUUGGAAGAAAAAACGUAUAUUGAUAUAAAAUUUAAUGUCCAAGAUAUCAGAAGCAGUUUUCUUCCGAACCAGUUAGAACAGAGAGAUGCGUCACUCUUUUCUUCAGGUUUACAUUUCUCAAAACAAGCUGCAAAUUUAAAGGCCGCUCUUACAAGCGCAGAACAGGUAGUACACUGUACAAAAAUCACAACAGAAGCAGCGAGGAGAACAAAGACUAUCAAAGAAGUUGUUUCAUCCGCUAAAACUAUUAACGAGAUUUCACAGACCGCUAAAUCUCUAUCAACUGCAAAGCAGGCAGCAGUUAUGUCACUUCAGGCAAGCCAGUCGGUGGCAAAAUCUACAGCCACAUUUGCAGCUAUUGCAAAGGGAUCUGAUGGAGUAGUAAAGACAAUUGGAACGGCUUCAUCUGCAACUAAUUCUGCAAGGGUUGCUCUUGAUGUCGUUACUGUCUCCGGUCAAGCGGCAUCCGCAGCAAAAACAGUUACAAAGGCGGUUAGAGCUGGAACGGCAAUAUCUACAGCUACAAAAGGCGCUAAUAUAACUAUCAAAACUGUCAGGAAUGUUAAAGAAGCUUCAAGUACGGUGAAAACAGUCACACAAGUUGCAACAGAUUCGAAUAAAGCCAUUCGCACGACAAGGGUAACAACAAACGCGGCAAGGGUGACUAAAGUGUCAGAAAAAGCUACAAAAGCAGCCUCAAUCAGUAAAGUUGGUCUUGUAAUAAACGCAGUGGUCAUUCCGAUUGACCUAUACAACUUAUCCGUGGCUUCAGAAAAUCUGCACAGGUCCUAUGACGAUGUAAAGGAUAAUGAAAACCUAGCAGACGAUUUAGAGGCAGAAUUAGAAAACAUCAUCAUAAAAAUGGAGGGAACUUGCGAAUGCUUGCAUGAGCUCCAUCUGCAGCUCUGCAAAGUGUAUGAGGAUCACCGCAUUGAGAAAAUCUAUGAAUACCUUCAGCUAAUGUACCAAAAACUCGAAUUUCGAGUUCCCAUUCACUAUUAAUAAGGAACUGAACAUUUUUUAUACAAUACUACAUUGACAUAAUCCCAUAACUGCUACACAUUGCAUUCAUUCUUUAAAUGAUAUUCAUUGUAAUAUUAUAGUUACAUUUCAUCUAUUUGAAAUAGACUAGCUUAAUCAACAAAGUAAAGAUAACUCUCCAUAAACCCACAAUAGCUUGGAUACAAAAACAAAAUGAAAUAAAAAAGUUUUAAAAUGACUGAAACAAAUUUCUCAAUUUAGCAUCAAUGAAACAUUAUUCUUUGACUGUAGCCCACAUCUUAAUUUGUUAUCAGUGACUGUCAGCAUGAAAACUUGUUAAUUCUUUGACUUCAGAUGAUCAACUCCUUAGAAUUCCAAAAAACCCUAUGACGAACCUUUUGUAUCACCAGGUUAAUUCACGCUUAGCUGGGCAAGGAUUUAGGUGGCUUAAUGAUCAGUCUGUGCCAUCAAUAGAUCAAUAGAUCAGACAAUGAAUUUAACUGGAAGGCAUAAGAAGGAAUAACUUUUUAAUAUUAAUUAUUAAAACUAUAUAUCUUUGAAUAAUCCAUACAUGAGGGUUGAUCAAUAACUCCGUGGACACUCUCUGCUAAUAGAUUGUUUCGGGUUAAAAACAACAACGCAGAGUGUAGGAGGUAUCUUUCAUAGGUAUGGUGAGUACUUUUUUUUUUAAAUAUUCAUCAACUUUACACAGAAACAAGAAUUUACUUCAACCAUGCAGAAACAAUUACCGCAGCUAAAGCAAACACUAACGUUAAAAGUACGUCAACGUUACAUUUUCUCAAAGUAAAGGCCACUAACUUGUACACAGCGUUCAUGGCUAUGCACCCACUGACUAAAAAUGUUUGUAUCGAAUGAUCUCUAUACCGCUAACGCCCAACUCCAGAUCGUCAAACCCCGUAAACCUAUGUCCCUUUAACUCAGCCUUUAACUUAGGUAACAAGGCGAAAUAACAGGGAAGGGGCGAGGUCUGGUGAGUAUGGCGGAUGUUCCAAGAUCUCGGCGCCUAGUUGAAUGGUGAUAGUUGUCUAUGUUUCAACUGCUCGGUGGCUAGGAGCAUUAUCCCUGUGUAGAAUUACGUUUUCCAAGUCAGCGUAGACGUCUGAGCGCUUCUGCCUUAUCGCCGUAAGUAGGUUCCGACGGAUGACCUAAAAUCGCCAUAAUCCGAAUGAGGAGCUGUUGAAAUACUGUACAUAUUACUAUUAUUAUUAUUAUUAUUAUUAUUAUUAUUAUUAUUAUUACUAUUGUUAUUAUUAUUAUUAUUAUAAAUAUACGUAUCAGUAGUAUAUCAAAUUAGUAGCUAUAAUUGAUUGUUCAUACCUUCGAGUAGUACUUGACAUGGACUGCCAUGUCCAGUGGCACAGCGUGGCACAGCAGCAGUCUCCGGCUAUCAAAGAACUCAAUGAGCAUGUGUUUUCACAUCGAUCUACUGGCCCGAGCUUUCUUCGGCGACGGUGAAUUCGUGUUUUUCCACUGAAUACUUUGUUGUUUCGUUUCAGGGUCAUAAUAAUAUAACCAGGCUGCAUCCGUUGUUAUGAUCCUAUCGGGAAGACGCUGUCUCAGGAACCGCUGACUAUGCCGCACUUGUGUUUCCAUCUCGUGUUCUGACAGUAUCCUAGGCACCCAUCUCGCAAUUAACCGUUUCAUAUUCAGGUCUACAGUUAAGAUCUUCUACACAGAACCGUAACUCAAGCCUGUCUCAUCGUAAAAAUUCCUAAUCUGUGUCCGCAUAUCCCUGUCCGCCGCUUCUUUUACCAACAUACCAUUUAUGUAACUCCGUUUUGCCGUUGGUCGACCGAAUAUUUGAUUGUUUUCUAUGUCCUAUCUGCCUGACAGAAUCUCUUAUGCCACUUGUAAACUAGAGAUGGACAUACGCUUUUCUUUCCAGAAGCCUUUUCUAUGCUCUGAUUCGUCUGUUGUGGGGUCAUUCCUAAGUUAACACAAAACUUCAUCACUGCUCUUUGCACUAGAGACGUCAUACAACAUUCUGGCGCACAUACCCCUGUCUCCAUUGUGAUCGGUAACAAACAAGAUAACAACUCCAAGUGCUUGUUUCUUCCUGUUGUAUAUACGUUAUGUGUUGACGUCGAUGUCAUUUUCGUUCGAUGCAGAUACGCGUCGAAAUAAGUCUGAAUUCUACGUCUGCAUUAUCGAUAAGUAUAUAUAAUUAUGAGCUGCGGUGGUUUAGCUGCACGAGGUUGCUAUGGUGAUAAAUAACUAUUAUAUACCAGCUAAAGUUCAAUUAGAAACUUACAUGCAUAUUUGUCUUAUAUUGUUCUACAUAAUGGUGAAAUUUCAUAGCAGUACCAUUAUCUGUAAUGGAAAUAUUGACGGUGUCCACAAAUCUAUUUAUAAACCCUCGUACUUCUACUCCUAUUUAGAAGUGCGACAUUUUCUAUUAUUGUGUUUGUCGUUAUCCUUGUCAUGUUUUGUGUAAUUAGAAAUGCUCUAUAUUUUACAUUUUUGAUACAAAAUAAUAUGUUUGUCUAUCUAUAUAUUUGAUAACGAAUAUAAUUUUGCUUUAAGUGAGGUAUUCAUCAAUUUUUCAUGUAAGUGUCAGCUUGACUUCCAAUAAAUAUGUCGAUUCGCCAUAAAACCCAACUCACUCACUCCAAUGAAUAUGAUAAUAUACUGCUGCAGCUUUAAAUUAUCUAUUUAAUACACAUACUUACGCGAACUAGUUUCAAAUCGCUACUUGAACUAAUUUGUACAUCCAGAUACCACGUUCUUCUUUAUCGAUUGUAUUUUCAGUGUUAGAAUCAAUUCAUUUAUGACACGUUUCAUUAACAGUCUUAUUCGUACACUUUUUAGCAGAGUUAAUACUCAAAUAUAUGAUAUUUCAUCGCCUUUUCUUUUAAUAACAAUUUGAUAGUAUCUGCUGAUUGACUGUGUAGUGUGAAUUUCCCUAUAUGAAAUAUAUUCAUUGUAUUGUAAUCGGGUGAUUUGAAGAUUUUUUAUACUUUGUAAUAAUUGUCACUUAUAAAUUGAUUCUAAAUCUUUUAAUCAGUGUCGGCCGAAAACUAUUAGAUAAAGAUGUAAAUGGACGUCUUUAAAGGAGACAAUACGAGUAUAUGAUAAAAUCACCUUAGGAAAACGAACAGGAAACUCGUAUCAAAAUGAACUUUCAGCUGAAAAAGGAAGACAAAAUACUGGAAAGACAUGUUUUUAGUUUUGGUGAUAUCUAGACUUUGAGCAAUGAUGUCAGACAGCAAUACAUGUAGCUCUUUUACAUUACUCGUUGUAAGACUUGCAGUGCGGUUAAUACAUGUAUAGUGGACGCAACUUGACCCCGAUUGUUGACCUUUGUAUUAUAAUACAUAAUGAGGCACAACCUAUUAUUGAAAAGGAGUGUUAGUAAAACACGAGCUGCACGAGAAAAUGGAAACAUAAAUUUGUGUGAAUAUAAAUAAGUGUAUCGGAAAGUUUUAACUGAUCAAAUGUAAGUAUACAUACUUUGAUACUGAACUGUGUACAAACUAAUUCCAUAUAAAUAUACACGGCUACCCUAAGCACCCCUUAUUUUUACAAUGAAAUAAUCGAUAUGAAUAAUCAGCCUAAGGUCAACCAUCGCGGUGAAGUUGCGACUACUAUAUGUAUUGUCAUAUUUUUCUUUUUUAUUAAGGUUAUCAAAAAUGGAUGUUGUUUGUACUGUUUUAUUUGUAAAUGUGUACCUUUAUUUGUGUAUAUAACUUCGCCUUUUAGCCUGUCACAUACAUGUAAGCGGUUAACUAGUUUAUUUUCUGGAUAACAAAAUAACGAUUUCAAUAAAGAUUUCUUUUACAA